UUCUGUAAAUCAAUAAAAAAAAUUUGCGAAUGCGGACCCGACCCAGUUCAGUAAAUUAUUUCAUCAUCACCCUAAAAAACGAGAAUAUUACAAAUACCUCCCGCACUCACCUGGGACCAAUGGUCGGACCUGUUAAUGGUAUUUUUUAGGGUUUAAAUGACUCCAAAACCCAAACCCAAACCCAACCCUCUCUCUCCGUUUCUCUGUCUGUCUCUCCCGCUCUCGGAAAUAGUAGGUUUUGUAUGUUAAAGGGUGGUGGGUUUUUUCUCAUCAUGCAUGCUGUAAAGGGUGUCUGGGUUGGCCAAACGUUUGCUUUAGCCAAGUGCAAUGAUUCUGGAGGGAAGAAGUCUCGGAUUCGGAGGUCGAAGGAGGAGAGGAAGGGAAUGGUGGAGUCCUUUAUAAAGACGUACCAGAAUUUAAACAAUGGGAAUUUUCCAUCUCUUAAUCUCACACACAAGGAAGUUGGUGGGUCGUUUUAUACUGUACGGGAGAUUGUUCGGGAGAUAAUCCAAGAAAAUAGAGUGCUGGGUCCUGGUAACUUGUCACCGGAAGAGCAGAAUAAUGGUCAAUUUGUGGAGCAGUACCCAUUGGGUACAAUUUCCACAGAACCUCAAGCUUCUCUAUCCACAUCUCCAAAUGGAAGUCCUGUACCAGAUCAGCAUGAUGAGGGCUCAAGUGAAGAGCAUUUAAUUUCUGAGCUUCAGGUUGAACCUGAACAGCAGGGAUUCGAUAAUGGGAGCCAUGUAAUUGUUAAGAAUGAAGAAGCUGAUAAACCAGAAGUUGUAGAGGUUCAAGAAACUGAACCUCUGGAAAUAGAGAAAAGAAUGGAAGAAGUGGCAGCAUCUGAUUCUAAAGUAACUCAAAUGGCAGAUGUAAUGGUAGAGACAUUUCCAUUGCCGCCUGUUACCAAGCCAGCUGGAAACUUGAAUGGAAAUUGCAGUAAUUUAAGGGAGAUAAAUGGGACUUGUGAAGAGAAAAAUGUUGAAAAGGUCCUCUUGGAACCAAAACAUGACCCAGGAAAUGGCAUUUCUUUGCCUGACAGAAUAACUUCCUUGAAUGAUAGCAGUUUGGCAGAUGAUAAAGAAGUGGAAAAGUCAGCAGUUCAAUUGUUGGAACAAAGCUCUGAUUUGGUGCGUGAACAAGAAGUGGAAAACUUUGCAGAUCUGGCAAUGGCAAAUUCGCAUGCAUCUGUCACCAAAGGAAGCAUUUUGCCGGAUGCUGAGGCUGACAUGGAUGUGAAGUUGAAGUCACCACAUGAUGACAAGACAAUUGCUGAAACUAAGGUGGAGCAAGAUAUGUAUAUUCAUGUAAAAGCUAAUUCUGAGACAAAAGAUAAAGUUGCAGUUCUACAUAGUCGUGCCUCUCAGAAAGGAAGCAGUCCAACACUAAACAGAAUUAAUCUUGAAUCGUGGGGAGCGGCAUCCAAGAGUCAUACAGAACCAGAAACUAACCCGCUUUGGGCCAUUUUUAAAUCGUUCUUGGCUGCCUUUGUGAAAUUUUGGUCAGAAUAAAUCCUUUAGUAGCGUAGCUAUAUUCUGUCUACGGUUUCUGCAGAGUGGAUUUAUACUUUACCUGCCACACUAGUGCAUCAAGUUUUCCUGUCUAUAUCAAGAGUGAUUGUCACCGCUCGUUUUCUUCCCCUCCAUAUUUUUUUUCCCUUCACCCACUUCACUAGACCAUUAUGAUCAUAAAAGCUUAUUGCAAUGGUUGGCAUCCCACUUAUGGGUUACUUGAAGAGAUGUGGUGGUUGAAAUUUCGUUGGUAAAACAGUGGCAACACCCAUUAACCUCUGAGAGAAACCGUGUCAUCUUUAUGGUAGGUUGACAUUAUAUUUUUUAGCUGGAGUGAUGUAAGAUUCGUGUUAGUAUCUCGAGACAGAAAAGAAUAGAUAAGGAUAAAGGGGAUAUGUUCGGUAGAGAGGACAUGUUUUUUUGUAUUUUUUGUUUUGAGAAUAUAAAAACUCACUCCAAAUUGUUUCA